AUGAAAACGUCUGUUGGUAGCAAUGCUCGCUUGGAAACAGACCGUUUUGAGCGCUUCUCAUCUUGGAGUAGAUUACUGCUUGCUCUAAGUGUUCUAGUGCAUGUUGUUUCGUCUUUCAAGAAGUGUUGUAGUCAGAGAGGUUGGCAUAGAUGUUCCAUCUCUAGUUCCCCAGAGAGUAAGUCUAGAGCUACUGAGGUUGUGCUCCGAGAAGUUCAGUAUGAUUGCUUCAAAGCAGAAGUUGAUGCUCUUUCCUCACAGAGCCCUGUAGGUAGUAGUAGUACUCUGGUUACAUUGGAUCCAUUUCUGGAUGAUGUAGGAUUGCUGCGAGUUGGUGGACGCCUGCGUCAGGGUGACUUUCCAAUAGAAGAGAAACACCCCAUAAUCUUAGCCGCAAAACACCAUGUCACUAAGUUGCUCAUACGUCACUACCAUGAAUCCGUUCAGCACCAAGGGCGCUUAUUCACUGAAGGUGCAGUAAGGCAGGCAGGUUAUUGGAUUGUUGGAGGUAAACGUGCCAUUUCCUCUCUCCUUUUCAAUUGUGUGACUUGUAAGAAGCUUAGGGGUAGCUUUGAGAAACAAAAGAUGUCCGACUUACCCUCAGACAGGUUACAGCAAAACGCACCUUUUUCAUAUGUAGGUGUAGACUGUUUUGGCCCUUGGCAAGUUGUAUCGCGUAAGACUAGAAGCUCACAGGCGAGCGCUAAACGUUGGGCAGUGCUUUUCACUUGUCUCUCUGUACGUGCAGUUCACAUAGAGGUAGUCGAUGAAAUGUCAUCAUCAGCAUUCAUAAAUGCUCUUAGACGCUUGAUCGCCAUUCGAGGCCCAGUUAAGAUGUAUCGUUCAGAUCGUGGUACAAACUUUGUAGGUGCUACGGACCACAUUGGAGUAGAUGUGAUUAAUGUAGAAGACGGAGACACUAAAGACUUCAUUGCAAAAACAAAUAGUGUUUGGGUGUUCAAUUCCCCCCACAGUUCACAUAUGGGGGGUAUAUGGGAAAGAAUGAUAGGGGUUUCCAGACGCAUAUUAGAAUCCAUGCUGUCGAACACUCAUACCCUUACCCAUGAUGUCCUAGCCACACUUAUGGCAGAGGUUAGCGCAAUAAUCAAUUCUCGCCCCAUAGUACCUGUAUCCACUGACCCAGAGUGUCCUGAAGUUUUGAGUCCAUCUGCACUUCUCACUAUGAAACUUGAUCUUGACCAACAACCAGUUGAUGAAAUGUCCCUUAAGGACCUGUACAAAGACCAAUGGAAAAGGGUCCAGUAUCUUGCAAACCAAUUUUGGUUAAGGUGGAGAAAAGAGUUUCUCCAAUCCCUGCAAACAAGGCCUAAAUGGCAUCAUGAUCAAAGUCCCUUAAAGGUCAAUGACAUAGUCCUCCUGAGAGAUUACGACGUACCCCGCAAUUGUUGGCCCAAGGGACGGGUGAACAAAAUCUUUCCAAGCACAGACGGAAAGAUUCGCAAAGUUGAAUUGUGUAUCAUAAAUGCCGAAGGAAAACAGAGUUUCCUUGUAAGACCCAUUGUUGAGAUGGUAUUGCUUGUGAGAUAUUAG